AUGGUUAGCUAUGCAAUUGCAGAUGCAGCCAAAGACAGAAUAGUGUGCAAAGCAACAGGUAGGGCUGGCUACAAGUCUGCCUUACGUUGGUGGUCAGGCAAAAGCAUCUACCCCCAAACUGUGGCAGUCUCAAACAAGUCCAAGGACAACAAGAAGCGCAUGUGCAUCAUCAUCAGAGAUCGUAAUGAUCCUGAAUUAGGACUACAAAUUAAUAUAACACUUACUUUCGGGCUGUCUUCCAUUUUCCAUGCCCCUUCUAAUCAAAGCGAUAGUAGUCCUGCCCCUAGUCCUAGUGGUGGAGGGAGUUCCACGAGUGCCAAAAGUAAGGGGACUAAUGGUCAGGUUUGUAAUGGAAAUUGUCAUUGGCGAGGCCCUAACAUGGUGUUUCUUCAGUUCACACCUGUUCAUAUAGGCACUUGGAUUGUCUCUCCUCUGUAA